AUGCCCGAUCAACCAAACCCGGCAGAUGCCUGCCCCGUCGACCACAAGAGCCGCGAAGCCUGGCUUCAGCAAGCCCGCGCCGCGGGUGCCGACGCCGCACCACCUCAUCCUCACGCCUCCCUCCCACCGAACCACCCGGUCCCGUCACCUCAGCCCGCUGCGCCGUCUGCGUCCUGGGGCUCGACCCUCCGCUCUUACAUCCCCUUCUCCAGCUCCGGCUCCAGCCCCUCGUCGAGCACCGCCCAGUCGCAAACUCCCCAACCGCCGGCCCCGUCGACAACAGCCCUGACGACCGACCGCGUCGUCUCGACGAUCCCGCGCACCGCGAACCCGGGCCACGCAGCCUGUCCUGCGCCUGCGGACCACCAGCAGCAGCAGAGACCAGCGAACAACGAGGCCGACACGGGCGCGGACCCCAAGACGGGCAACUGGGUCUACCCGUCCGAGAAGAUGUUCUUCGACGCCAUGAAGCGCAAGGGCCACGACCAGGUGCAGGGCGCCGACAUGAAGACGGUCGUGCCGAUCCACAACGCCGUCAACGAGCGCGCCUGGAAGGAGAUCAAGGAGUGGGAGAGGCCCUAUAUCGAGGGCACUUCGUGCGGCGGCCCCAAGCUGCAUUCGUUCAGUGGUCUUUCGGAGCGCAUGUCGCCCAAGGCACGGAUCAAUACGCUGCUCGGCUACACGGCGCCCUUCGACAGGCACGACUGGGUUGUCGACCGGUGCGGCGUCGAAGUCGAGUACGUGAUUGACUUUUACGCGGGACGACCGGGCGGCAAGGAUGCUGCGGGGCGGCCAAGCUUCUAUCUCGAUGUGCGGCCAAAGCUGAACAGCUGGGAGGGCGUCAAGAUGCGUGCCAUGCGGGGACUGGGCAUGGUGUGA